GUUUCUUUUCUAAUUAGUUCAAACCUAAAGGCAGUUGUUUGGUUCGAAAUGAAGCCUUUUAGCUUAAAGAGUGUCAAGGUUUGUGCACCAAAGAGCUCUGUACGCCUAGAAGGUCAGUCGUGUUCAUUAGGCCAGAGCAGAAGGAAAGUCCAGCUUAUGGAUGAACGCUCACAUACUCUUUCAGUUGGCAAUGGAGACUACUUUUGGACAAAUAAAGACACGUUGUGGGAUUAUGUGCAGACUCUUUCUGAUCAGGGAGCAGAGAAACAUGAGGGGACAGGUCAGUCCUCUGGGAUCACUGAUCAAGAGAAGGAGUUGUCCACCAAUGCUUUCCAAGCUUUCACGGCUGGAAAUUAUGAUGCCUGUCUACAACACCUUGCCUGCCUACAAGAUAUAAACAAAGAUGACUAUAAAAUAAUUUUGAAUACAGCAGUGGCUGAGUUUUUUAAAAGUAACCAAACAACAACAGAUAGUUUGAGACAAACACUUAACCAGCUGAAGAAUCAGGUCCACUCGGCUGUUGAAGAAAUGGAUGGAUUAGAUGAUGUUGAAAACAGCAUGUUGUAUUACAAUCAAGCCGUCAUCCUUUAUCAUCUGCGGCAGUAUACAGAAGCAAUAUCAGUUGGUGAAAAACUUUAUCAGUUCAUAGAACCUUUUGAAGAAAAAUUUGCCCAAGCAGUGUGUUUUUUGCUUGUAGACCUAUAUAUAUUAACCUACCAAGCCGAGAAAGCUUUGCAUCUUCUUGCUGUCCUAGAAAAAAUGAUUUCACAGGGUAACAAUAACAAAAAUGGAAAGAAUGAGACUGGUAAUAACACCAACAAAGACGGAGCUAAUCAUAAAGCUGAAAGUGGAGCUCUAAUAGAAGCUGCAAAAUCAAAGAUACAUCAGUAUAAAGUAAGAGCUUAUAUCCAAAUGAAGUCCCUGAAAGCAUGCAAAAGGGAAAUCAAAUCAGUCAUGAACACAGCUGGAAAUUCUGCACCAUCUCUGUUUCUUAAAAGCAAUUUUGAGUACUUAAGAGGCAAUUAUCGAAAAGCUGUGAAGCUAUUAAAUAGUUCAAACAUUGCUGAGCAUCCAGGAUUCAUGAAAACAGGUGAAUGCUUGCGAUGCAUGUUCUGGAAUAAUCUUGGUUGUAUUCAUUUUGCCAUGAGCAAGCACAAUUUGGGAAUUUUCUACUUUAAAAAGGCUCUGCAGGAGAAUGACAAUGUCUGUGCACAGCUCAGUGCAGGCAGCACUGAUCCGGGCAAAAAAUUUUCAGGAAGACCCAUGUGUACGUUACUAACCAACAAGAGGUAUGAGUUGCUGUAUAACUGUGGAAUUCAGCUUCUUCACAUUGGAAGGCCUCUUGCUGCCUUCGAGUGUCUGAUUGAAGCUGUUCAGGUUUAUCAUGCAAAUCCCCGCCUCUGGCUACGGCUGGCUGAAUGCUGCAUUGCUGCCAAUAAGGGGACUUCUGAACAAGAAACUAAAGGUCUUCCAAGCAAAAAGGGAAUUGUACAGUCUAUUGUUGGUCAAGGGUAUCAUCGUAAAAUAGUUCUGGCAUCACAGUCCAUACAGAAUACUGUAUAUAAUGACGGACAGUCUUCAGCCAUUCCUGUUGCCAGUAUGGAGUUUGCGGCCAUUUGUCUCAGAAAUGCCUUGUUGCUGUUACCUGAAGAACAACAAGAUCCGAAGCAGGAAAAUGGGUCUAAAAAUAAUAAUCAAUUAGGUGGGAACACGGAGAGCAGUGAAAGCAGUGAAACUUGCAGUAAAAGCCAUGAUGGAGAUAAAUUCAUUCCAGCUCCACCUUCUUCUCCACUGAGAAAACAGGAACUAGAAAACUUAAAAUGCUCCAUACUUGCCUGUAGUGCUUACGUGGCUCUGGCUUUGGGUGAUAACCUUAUGGCUUUGAAUCAUGCAGAUAAACUUCUUCAGCAGCCCAAGCUGUCAGGAUCUCUUAAAUUUUUGGGCCAUUUAUAUGCUGCAGAAGCUCUCAUCUCUCUGGACAGAAUAUCUGAUGCCAUUACUCACUUGAACCCAGAGAAUGUCACUGAUGUUUCCUUAGGGAUCUCUUCAAAUGAGCAGGACCAAGGAUCAGACAAAGGAGAAAAUGAAGCAAUGGAAUCCUCUGGGAAGCGAGCCCCUCAGUGCUACCCCAGUUCCGUCAACUCUGCCAGGACCGUGAUGCUGUUCAACCUUGGCAGCGCCUACUGCCUGAGGAGUGAAUAUGACAAAGCCCGAAAGUGUCUCCACCAGGCGGCUUCAAUGAUCCAUCCUAAAGAAGUGCCCCCUGAAGCCAUCUUACUGGCAGUCUACCUUGAACUGCAGAAUGGUAAUACCCAGCUGGCCUUACAGAUCAUCAAAAGGAAUCAGCUGCUCCCUGCAGUGAAAACACUCUCUGAAAUGAGAAAGAAGCCAGUGUUUCAGCCUGUCCACCCGAUCCAGCCCAUCCAAAUGCCAGCUUUCACUGUACAGAGAAAAUGAUAUUUUGCUCUUGGAAAACUGUUACCUGAGACCCAGGGGAGUAUUUACGGGCCUUUUUAGUUGUAUCACAGCAAAAUGAAUAAAAGACAGAUGGUAAAGGGUGCUAGUUUUGAAGACACAAUUUUGAAAUGAUUCUAACCCCUGAUUUUUUUUGCCAAAAGCUUAAUUAAAAUUAAGGAAUCACAAACUCAUUUUCAUCUGUUUUUCUUUAAUCUUUGCUAGACUAUUAAUUUUGUGAUAUAUCUGUGUCACAGACAAUUAAAACAUGGUCUUAUCAGAACAGUCUUGUAUAAUACACUUUGUCUUUCUUGCAACUGUUAGAGUAUUUUGGCAUCUGAGGUUUAGUGUUAAAGUUUUAAAAAUUGAGAGAGCAACAUCAGCAGUAGAUGAGUAGUCAGUCCAGGAGCUGACCCAGGGGCAGAGGGGAGGAGAAGUUGAUGUGUUUUAUGCCUAGUUAUGACUAAAAGGACCAGAAAAUGCGUAAUAAAACCCACAGGGCUAGUAAAAUUGGGUUAAGAAGAGAUGACUGAUCUGAUAGGAGUCCUUUGCUUAAAAAUUACAAAUGAAGACAAACAGGGUUCAGGGCUGGUCUUGUUCACCCUCCUACACCCUCAGGCAGAAGCACUGGUUCUGGAGUCUGUUAGCAGGGAGUUCAAGGUUCAUCGCUGACCCCUUUGCAAAUGCAAACAAAAAUUUAAAAGCUUC